AUGUAUGCUACUGGGCGCAAGUUUGUUUGGUGGGGUGUUAGUUCGUGUACAUCCAAUUUAGAAGUUCUUAAGAGUGACCAAUUUUUGGGUAAUCAUGGUAUACGAACAUUGUUUUCCAUCGAAUGUCUCAAUGGAAAACCAAUUGGAUCACAUUCUUAUUUUGAAAAUCAAGAAGAAGAAGUCAUUCUAAUGCCUGGAUUUUACUUCAAAGUUAUGGGUCAGCUGAAUUUACCAGAUGGAUUACAUAUUAUUCAUCUCAAAGAAAUACAAUCAUCGAUUACAUUAGUUAAACCACCAUUUGAAAAUUUAUUAUCAACAUCAAAAUUCAUGGAAAAUGAUGAUCAUGAUGCGUCGGUAAAAAUCAAGUCACAAACAACUCAACACUAUUCAUCAAUGAAAAAAGACAGUGCAUCAAUACCUAGAAACAUUAAACCCAUACAAAUCAAAUCCCCAACAGAUAAAAAAUAUUCACCAUUGCACAACUCUGAUUCUGGAUCACCUGCAACAGAUAAACUACCAACAGGUAAAUGGUGGCUAUUUUAG